GAGCUGAAGUGCAACGACUCCAAGUCGACCCGCAAUUCCUCCAGGGCGUCCGUCUCGAACCCCAAGGAGGCCCCGGCGCGCAAGCGCAAGUCCUGCGGUGAAGAUCUCCCGAGCAGAUCCAAGUCAUCUCGUCGUGCCGGUGCCGCUUCGAGAACGGCAUCGCAAUCUUGCUCUCACGUCAUCUACAUGGAAUUGGCUAUUUCCAUCAUUCCAGCUGAAGACUAUGAAGCUCUUGGUAGGCUAGUCCCCGCCGAGUGCCAGUCCUCGCCCAUCCCAUCCGUGUCUGCUGUCCUCUUUCUUCCAUCUAGUCCGAGUGCCAGUGAAGAGAAGGAAGAAUUGGCUGUGAAGGAGGAUAUGGGAGAGGAUUCCAGUGAAAAUGGAGGACCUGAACACUUGGGAGUGCAAGAGGAAUGGGAGGAGGAGUUGCAGGGCUCCAUUGACCUGGAGGGCGAGGGGGCCACCGAGGACAACCCGUUCAUGCCGCAGAACAUCCCGCCCGAAAUACUCGAUCCUUCGACGGUAAGGCCCGACACCGACUACGUGUGGAGCGGGUACACGAGGAACAGGAUGAAGGUGUGGUUCUGUGGCGCCUGCGGGUACGUGAACCCCGAGAAGGCCAAGCUUGCGAGGCACGCCCUCAUCCACUCGGGGGAGAGGCCGUACGCCUGCACCGACUGCAGCAAGAGCUUCAGCCGGCGGGACAACCUCAUGAAGCACCGGGCGGCGCUGCAUUCGAACCCGCAGCAGUGACGGCGUUUUGCGGCGACCGCGCGGUAUGGGAGUUUAAAAUCUCCUGGCCGAACCUGUUUCUCUGGUCUCGCUGGAGGUAUUUUCACGAAAUGGGCGACGAGGGGACGCGUGUUCCCUGCGGAGUCGGGGGAUUUCCUUGCCGUUCGUCGUGCCGAAAUGAACCAAUCAAUUAACCAAUUAUUUGAAAUUUAUUAGGAUUCAAUGUGAGACUCCAUAUCUUGCUUGGCCUUUUGGAGUAAUAGAUAUUUUUUCACUGUUCUACUUUUGGAUGGAUUGCUGGGGAGAGUCAUCAGGUUCUGCAAGUUUUCUCAUCACUGUAGAAACCGGAACGCCCAAGUUCGGUGCGAAAUUCGGAUGAAGCGUCUGAAAUCAUUUGCAAGUUGGGCUGAUUUGUUUAAUGAAUAGGCAAAUGAACAUUUGAUGAAAAUAUCUCCAGUGACUGCAGAGAUGUUGAUGGAUCUUGCCAUUAAUUUAUUUUUGCAUAUGAUUUUGUACCCAUGCC